GAUUGAAUGCAGGUUGACGACAUUCUUUCUUGGUCUGUUGCUGCCAUCGUAUACCGCCGCGAGACACAGACACGCUCCUCUGUAAUCGGCAUCUGACUACUGUCAGAACGCAAGAUGUCCGAUCAUCAUGGACCGUUUCCCGCAAGACUACGUCCUUCAUAACCUGCCUUUACUGCUUCUGUCAGGCCUGGAGACGAGAAGCCCGAGCGAGCCAGACCCCUCAGUAAAGACCCACGACUUCUUGCACGAAGGCGGAUUUAGAAUCAAGGUCGAUGCGCCCAUCGUCAGCGGGCCUCUCGCGGAGCAGUUGCUCCAAUCUUUCUGCGAACAAGAUGCCUCUGAUACUCCAUGGCACUCUCAAUAUUUCACUGCGAGGAAUGGCAAGGUUUUCAAGAUAGUCAAGGUCGGACGGGUUUACACUCUUCCUCCUCGCAAAGCACCACCCCCUCCCCAUUCUCCCCGUUUAUCGGCUGUCGGUGCAAAUGGAAGUCCCCCGCCAGCACUUGUGCUACAUUCUCCGCUGUCGCCCUUGACUCCCAGCUCUCCGUUGUAUCCUGACGGCAUCAUUUCUCCCCUGUGGAUCACAAAGCACCAGUCACGACUGCCUUGCGCCUUCUUGAUGGUCUUUACUCUCGGCUCCGAUCCCAACACAAGCUCACUUCAGGACAAUAAAUUGAAAUCCGAGAUCAACAACGUGCGCAGUGUCCUUACGUCGGCAAAUUACAAGACCAGACUUGUGGUGAUAUUACUUGGAGAUGGCCUAAUUAGCCCUUCGGAUCUCGAAGAGCGCUUCAGCACCAUUCGACGUGCAACCGGCUUAGACGGCAAAAGCAUCUAUUUCCUCGCCCAUAACUCUUCGCCCACAGAGAUUAAUGCAUCUGUCAACUCUGUUCUUUCAUCUCUUCAUCCUGCUUGUGUAGAAUAUUACCGAGAUCUUUCGAAACAUGCACGGCGCAAGCGUAAUCGAAGCGCAGCCCCCCAACCUACUGUACAGCCGGGAAGCUCGCACAUACUGUCGUUACAAGGUUGGAAUGUUCGAUAUGAAUUCAAGCUCGGCGCCUUCGCUGAGUUCCGGCAAGAGAUGGAUGCAGCGUGUCGGAACUAUGAAACUGCUUACGAUAAUCUGUUUGCUGCUGAAAUCAUAGAUGCUAUUGCUGUUUGGAGCCCGCGUUUCAACGAAGCAAGACUGUUGGCAGAUGUCAUUGCUUUUCGCACAAUCAGGUGUCUCUUGUGGACUGAUCAAGUUACGACAGCGGUGAGAUCAUGGGUGGCCCACCGAGACCGAACCAGAGAUCUGGUGGACCGAAGAGGUAAGGGAACAGAUAACUACGGUUGGGAAGCGUGGCAGACUGCUUGGGCAAAAAUCAUGGCUGAUCUGAUAUCUCGGUCGGAAUAUCCCGCGUUGAAUAUAAAGCUCCCCAGCACCCCUGGCCUGCUUCCUAUCUUCGUUGAUGUGGACAAGUCACUUUCUGUCGGCGAGCGUUUUGUCCCCUGGGAACAGCUUCACCAUGAGGGAUAUUGGUUGGACAUUGCAAAGAAAUGCAUUCAUGCGCGCCGAGAUUGGGCCCUGCAAAUCCCAGAGGAAGAUAGGCUGUCACCAGGUCGUUCACCGGCUUCCAUGGUUGCUAGCAAGGCUCAUCUUUACGAUACGUAUCUUGCGCUGGAGCCGUACCGUGAAGUUCCUACAGACGGAAGCCGAGGGUAUGAUUAUGUGGGAGAGAUCGUCUCAACGUUGGAUGCGGCCAUCGGUUCUUUCGCAAAACGAGGCCAACUGCACAAAAUUGAGGCUCUCGAGCUCCAGAAGGCUUUCCAGCAAAUCCAGGCAGAGUUGUGGGCAGAAGCAGUCACCACAUUACGACAGCUGUGGUAUAGCCAACACUGGAGACACGCUGGAUGGUGGAAGUUGCUUCAGGGUCUUGGUUGGGCACUCCUUGAUUGCCUUGCUCAUGUCGAUAACGGCGAGUUGCUAAUCCAGUUGAUCUGGGAGCUCUCGAACGAAGUAUUCGACCGGAAGCCGAACACUAACUAUGAUCUCCGCCGAGGGAUCGCAUCGUCCAGCGCCACGGAAAUGCUGCUGUCUGUCGCGGUGGGCAUUGAUGAGGCUCUUUCUCCGUUGAUUGCAACAUUUACUUUCUCAACGCACGACGUUUUUGUCGGAGAGCCUGUGGAGUGUCAACUCUGCAUACUGUCUCGAGCGCAGGUUGGUCUACCAGCCAUCCGCCUAUCGGAGAUCAAGGUUGUCUUCGAAGGCAGCCUGAAACCCGUUUAUCUGGUUGCAAAGGAAGGCGAGGAUAGCAAGGCUAAUUCCUCGGCUGCCGAAUUCAUUGACAUUCGUUUGGAUGAGUCUUCGAACAUGUCCUUAUCAUCUACAAAAAGAUCUUCUGCUGGCGUUGUUGCAUCACAGACGAGCAGUGCUGAUCUGACGAUUCCACCAAGCAGCACCAAGAUAUUCCGGCUAUAUGUCAUACCUAGGGAAGCCGGGGAAAUUUCCGUUGCUUCCAUUACACUGAUUAUCAACGAUGAGAAUCUAACCUUUGCUGCAACCUCGACCGACUUUUCCCAUUCGAUAGGUCACUGGUGGGAAUCGAAAGCGGGCAAACCCACGCUUCGAUCACUUGGACAAGAGUCCAAUGCAUUCAACAAGAUCCACGUGCAGCCUAAACCACCGAAACUAAAAAUUGAGGCCCCCGGAUUACGACGAUCAUACUACACAAACGAAUCAAUGACAAUAGACUUUGAGAUCUUGAACGAAGAAGCGGAAGAUGCAACUGUGUCGCUCGAUGCUCGUAUGAUCAGCCCAGUUGAGGGCGCGGCGCAGAUGAUGUGGGUUGGGGAGGGACUGGAAAUCGCUCGAGCGGCUGCAUCUGGAGCUGGAGUUCUAACACUGGAAAAGCGUGAACUUGGCUCAAUUUCAUCGUCAGGAAAGGCUGUCGUGUCACUUCGCAUAACGAAUACAGCCGCCGCCCUCGAUCACGAAGUAGAACUUCUCGCGACUUACCGGCUCGACUCAGAACCGGAAACGAUUCUCACCAAGACCCUGACUGUCGAUGUCGGAGUCAUCCGCCCUUUUGAAGCAAACUACGACUUCAGCCCCCAGCUGGACAAAGAACCUUGGCCGAAUUUCUUCGAAGCGCCUCCACAACGCUCCGAUUCUUUGGCCCCUAUGGGUCUGAGGCAUCUAUACUCUGUUGCAGCAAGUCUCUACUCCUUCGCCACGGACCCGCUAGUAAUUGAAGCCAUAUUGCUCACAGCGACGAAAAUUGUAGGGGGUGCCGUCUGUUCAGCGACUACUGGCAUUGUGAGGAAAGCGGCAGAGACAGACGCUGCAGUCAAAGAUCCCGAUGCAACUAUUUCGACAGUGAUAGCACCAGACCACACGGAGAGGUUCGAUUUUGAUCUCACACUGCAGAAACUGAUACUUGGCGACCGGCAUACGGUGGCGGUCGAACUUGCACUAGAAAUCGGCUGGCGCCGACAGGAUUCACACGAAGUCAACACAACCCUUCUUGAAGUGCCUCGACUAGUGGCGCCGAUGGCUGAGCCAAGAGUGAUGCUCACUGUUUCCUCGACUAGUCUCGGACCAUUGAACAUUGAGGCGCACAGGCUCUCUUUCACGAUCGAGAAUCCGAGCAUGCAUUAUCUUACAUUUAACGUGUCCAUGGAGGCGAGCGAGGAUUUUGCGUUCAGUGGGCCGAAAGCGUGCGCGAUCAGCUUGGUCCCCAUCAGCAGGCAGACGUUGAAUUAUCGGAUCCUGCCAAAUAAGAAGGAUGAAUGGAUCGCCGUGCAUAUGAACGUGGUUGAUGCAUAUUUUGGACAGACGUUGAGGGUUCUGCCGGGAGGCCAUGGAGUCAAGGUGGACAAGAAGGGAAACGUGCUCGUCAAGGUCUAAUCAACCUAUUAGUUUAGCAGCCAAUGUGACCAUAUCCCAGGUACCUAGAAUAGAGCUCUAGACAGCUCUCCUUCGUCGAUCGACUCCAGAGUAUAUCACAGCGAAUUGUGCUGAGGUUGAAAGGUCC